AUGGUACCUAAGUCCUCAUUGCUAUCAGAUGAGAGGGCGAAGAACGGCGCGGUUGCUGAAUCUUCGGUGGAAACAAAUGCCAUUGCAACACAAACGAUUUCACAAGGGAAUGAAAGCAUGAUGAAAGCGAAGGAUGCGAAGACUACUUGUGAAGUGGAAUUAAACUCGUCCACGUACUCGGGUGUAACUGCUACUUCACCAAAAGGCCCAUCGAAACCAACUGUUAACACUGGUAAAAAUCCUCUGCAUGUGGGAAAAACUGGUGAAGAAACCUCACCGGUAAAUAUCAAGAAUGAGCACCCUCUUAUGGCCACUUCCCGCUGCCUUUUUUGGCGAGCCUGUAGCUACGGGCACGAAAGCAAACAGGUGUUCGUUCUUCGUCAAGACUCAGACCAUCUAAUAAAAGUGAAGUUACAAAUUACCAAAGGAAGGGACUUCUUUACGCUACUGGAUCACCGCGGCCUUUCCAUACAAAAGGGGUCGCGCGUAAUAGACCUCCCUCCACGGCUGGCCUGCACAGUGACCGUCGUUUAUAAACCCCGUCCGCCACUUUUUUGGCACACCGGAACCCUUGCCUUCCGUGAAGCACCUCGUAAAAGUAGCACCGAUAGUCAGAACUCUAGACCGCGCUGCUAUCUGCAACGCCUAAUUGGUUACGUGGGCGGAAGCAGCAUCCAAUGCGACUUUUGCAGGGGUGUGGAUGAAAAGACCUACUGGACUUCUGCCUUUUCCACUCCCGCUGAAGCUGACAAACCACUUCAGCCAAAAUCCUCAUAUUAUGCUCGCGUCUCUGUUAUCAACGUUGGUCUUCGUACGGCGUGGGUUUUCAGCGUAGCUAUGGCACCUAACUCCCUUAAGGAUAGCUCACUCACUCCUCUACCUGGGGUGUGCAUCAGGCCUUCCCGCUUUGUCCUGAAACCCAGUCAAUCACGG